ACAACACCAAUUUCCUUUUCUCUUUCACGAGAAAGCGACAGAGAGAAAGCAAGUCUUGCGUUCCACUUAAUUUCGCUCCUCUCACAAUGGCGGCUUCCGUCGACAACCGUCAAUUCGGUGGCCACAUGAACGGCGACGUGUACGGUUGCGGCCAGGACCNGAGGCCCCUGCCGCCGUUGGACUUCGAUUUGGACUCCUCCAGCGACGACGACGACGACGAAAACGACGACGCAUCGUAUCUGAAAGAUUUAAUCCAGAAGGCGAACGCGGAAACGGAAGCGUCCGUAAUGGACCCGCGCGACGAGGGAACCGCGGACCAGUGGAUCGCACGGAACGCUUCCAUGGUCCGCCUCACAGGGAAGCACCCCUUCAACUCGGAGCCCCCACUCACGCGCCUCAUGCACCACGGCUUCAUCACCCCGGUCCCGCUCCACUACGUGCGCAACCACGGCCCGGUCCCCAAGGCGCGCUGGGAGGACUGGACCGUUGAAAUAACGGGUCUGGUCAAACGCCCAACCCGGUUCACCGUGGACCGCCUCGUGCACGACUUCCCCAGCCGCGAGUUCCCCGCCACGCUGGUCUGCGCGGGGAACCGCCGCAAGGAGCAGAACAUGGUGAAGCAGAGCGUGGGCUUCAACUGGGGCUCCGGCGGCGUCUCCACCUCCGUCUGGCGCGGGGUUCCGCUGCGGCACGUGCUGAGGCGCUGCGGGAUCUACGCGCGUGCGAAGGGCGCUCUGCACGUGUGCUUCGAGGGCGCCGAGGAUCUUCCCGGUGGCGGUGGGUCCAAGUAUGGAACUAGCGUGACGAGGGAGGUGGCCAUGGAUCCCUCGCGUGACAUCAUACUCGCGUACAUGCAGAACGGGGAGCCUCUGGCGCCGGAUCAUGGCUUCCCCAUUCGCAUGAUUAUUCCUGGCUUCAUCGGUGGGAGAAUGGUGAAGUGGCUCAAGCGCAUUGUGGUCACUCAGGUUGAGAGCGAGAAUCAUUACCAUUAUAAGGACAAUAGAGUACUACCUUCCCACGUUGAUGCUGAACUCGCCACUGAUGAAGGUUGGUGGUACAAGCCAGAGUAUAUUAUCAACGAGUUGAAUAUAAACUCAGUGAUAACAACGCCGUGUCACGAGGAGAUAUUGCCCAUCAACCAAUGGACUACUCAGAGGCCUUAUGUACUCAGAGGCUACGCAUAUUCUGGUGGUGGGAGGAAAGUGACACGUGUUGAGGUGACAUUGGACGGUGGAGAAACGUGGCACGUGUGCGCAUUGGACCGUCCUGAGAAACCCAACAAAUAUGGCAAGUAUUGGUGCUGGUGCUUCUGGUCCUUGGAGGUGGAGGUGCUGGACUUACUUGGGACCAAGGAGAUUGCGGUUCGUGCUUGGGAUGAGGGUCUCAACACCCAGCCUGAAAACCUCAUUUGGAAUGUUAUGGGCAUGAUGAACAACUGCUGGUUCAGAGUGAAAACAAACGUGUGCAAGCCCCACAAGGGGGAGAUUGGUUUAGUGUUCGAACACCCAACCCAACCAGGGAACCAACCCGGAGGGUGGAUGGCGAAGGAAAGACAUUUGGAGAAAUCACAAGAGCCUAAACCAACCCUCAAAAAGAGUGUCUCCACGCCAUUCAUGAACACCGCCUCUAAAAUGUUCUCCAUCUCCGAAGUCAAAAAGCACUCUAACCCCGACUCCGCUUGGAUCAUCGUCCACGGCCACGUCUACGACUGCAGCCGUUUCCUCAAAGACCACCCCGGCGGCACCGACAGCAUCCUCAUCAACGCCGGCAGCGACUGCACCGAAGAGUUCGACGCCAUCCAUUCCGACAAAGCCAAGAAAAUGCUCGAAGAUUACCGAAUCGGUGAACUCAUCACCACAGGCUACACGUCAGACUCGUCGCCUAAUAGUUCCGUGCAUGGAAAUUCUGAAUUUACCUUUUUGGCCCCUAUCAAGGAAGCACCCCAACGCAGCGUGGCUCUGAACCCGCGCGAGAAAAUCCCAUGCAAACUCGUGUCCAAAACGGUGAUUUCCGACGACGUGAGGCUCUUCCGUUUGGCGCUGCCCUCGGAGGAGCAAGUAUUAGGCCUACCCGUGGGGAAGCACAUUUUCGUGUGCGCCAGCAUGGAUGGCAAGCUAUGCAUGCGAGCGUACACUCCGACGAGCGGCGUGGAGGAGGUGGGCUUCUUGGAGCUCCUCAUCAAGGUGUAUUUCAAAGGGGUGCACCCUAAGUUCCCCAACGGAGGCCUCAUGUCGCAGCAUCUGGACUCUCUCCCAUUGGGGUCCACGGUGGACGUGAAGGGCCCAUUGGGCCACAUAGAGUACACGGGGAGAGGCAACUUCCUGGUCCACGGGAAGGCACGGUUCGCGAAGAAACUGGCCAUGCUGGCUGGUGGGACCGGGAUCACACCCGUCUACCAAGUGGCCCAAGCGAUUCUGAAGGACCCCGAGGACCGCACCCAGAUGCACGUGGUGUACGCCAACCGCACCGAGGAUGAUAUUUUGCUGAGGGAGGAGUUGGAUGCGUGGGCCAGGGAGCAUUGCGAUAGCUUCAAGCUCUGGUACGUGGUGGAAUCCCCGAGGGAAGGCUGGGCCUACAGUGUGGGCCUCAUCACCGAGACCAUCAUGAGGGAGCAUCUUCCCCAACCGUCUGGGGAGGAGGAGACCCUGGCUUUGACUUGUGGGCCACCCCCCAUGAUUCAGUUCGCGGUGCAGCCCAAUUUGGAGAAGAUGGGCUACGAUGUCAAUAACGAUUUGCUCGUCUUCUAGGUUUCUAGCUUCUGUAUUAGUUGUUAUUCUUUGUGCACGUGUUACUUACUAUUGCUGUAUCGCUUGGUUCAUUCUUUGUAAUUGUAAGGGUUUAACAAAUAUAAUGGAAAAUUGUAUAUGAACUGUGCACGUGUUACUUAUUAUAUUUAACAGAUGUUUCUAGGAUGAAAUAAUUUAGAAAAACGUAGAGUGGGGUAGGGGGAUUGUGUUAAAAGCAACUGUUUAGUUACUAAGUGGUACGAUGGGUGGACAAGAGUGUGAAGCAACGAACAAGCGAUGCAUGGCCUUACCCUUCAGAAUAGCAUUAGGUCAAGAAAACUUAUGUGUUGUUUGGUGCGUGGAAAGGCCACCUUACUAUACAUGAU